AGUAGAACCAAAGUUGAAACCAAAUAGGGUGGAGAGGAAACAGGGGAGAGAUGGCUCCCGCGAAGAAGAGCAAAGCCAAGAACGACGAAGCUGUCUCGUCUCAGUCUGCCGCUGCAACUACAAAUUUUCCAUCUUGCGUUCGUUUAGUUCCCCCAAAGUCUGUGGCAAUAUCCAUCCAUGCCAAACCAGGCUCCAAGGUUGCCACAAUAACCGAUUUCAAUGAUGAGGCUGUAGGCGUACAGAUAGAUGCACCUGCAAGGGACGGUGAAGCUAACGCUGCGCUGCUCGAUUACAUAAGCUCCGUUAUAGGGGUGAAGAGAAGGCAAGUCUCUGUAGGUUCUGGUUCCAAAUCAAGGGAUAAGGUUGUGCUUGUGGAGGAGGUAAAUCUGCAAACAGUAUUUGAUGCUUUGAACGGAGUUUGCAAGUUCCAUUAAUCAAUAAAUUUGGGAACUGUGGUCUCCACCAUGAGUCUAAUUAUGUGAACUAAAGCUUGUUGAUUAUUUUACCCUAGCAACAGAAAGUCAAGCGGUGAAGGUUCUACAGCCCCCCCCCCCCCCACCUAGCUGUACUUUUUCCUCUGCAUCAAGGAAAAUCGACCAGAUUAAUCUGUUUGGAUGCUGAUUUCCGGAAGGCUUUAGAGACAAGAAAUGCUAAGCCCUCUUCAGUGAGAAACUAUUUACUUCCUAUUAGAUUCAUAUUGAAGUUUAAACGUCUACCUGAUAAUCCUUUUUUAUUUACAAAAUAUAGAUUAAUGCUUUCUUGUACUACAUUUCAUGAAUUUCCAAAUUGUAGCCUUUUCAUACAUGAACUGGUGGUUUCUCAUAUUA